AUGGCGCCAAGCAAGCGCGGCCUCUGCUGGCCCACCACCAACACUGAUGCGGCCUUCAUCUUCACCAAGCCAGGGUCGCGUGUGUCGUGGUUGUACAACUGGUCGCCCAACCCCACGCCAUCAUGCUCGUUGCAGUUUGUGCCCAUGCAGUGGAAUCACGUCAAUAUCGACGGGCUUGCCGAUUGCGCAAAGAUUGCCGGGUCCGGCGCCGUUCUGGGAUUCAACGAGCCGGAGCGGCCGGAUCAGGCCAACAUGGCUGUUGACUUGGCUGCCCGUGAGUGGCUGCGCUGCAUCGAACCUCUAAGACGAGCCGGGAUUUGCUGCGGCAGCCCAGGCAUCUCGUCCGCUCCCGAAGGCGUGGCCUGGCUCCGCGACUUUCUCGCUGCCAUCCGCGCCCAGGGCGGCGACGUGGAUUUCUAUGCCCUGCACUGGUAUGGCGAGACUCUGGGCCAAUUCUACGACUACCUGUGGUCAACCUAUCACCAGCUGGGUCCGGACCGACCGGUUUGGGUGACUGAGUUUGCCCCGACUAAUUGGAGCACCGAGGACCCGCUGCCGAGGUCGCACGUUGAACACUUUUGCCGCGAGAGCUGUCGCUACCUCGACUCGCUGGACUGGGUUGAGCGCUACGCGUGGUUUGGAGCAAUGCGCGACACGGGUACCGUGGGCACCUGGGCGGCUAUGCUGGGCGCUGACGGGAAGCUAACCGAGCUAGGGCGCAUGUAUCGGGACGACGAGUGA